UGCGCAGAUUUUACGACACUGUUUUGACUUUCGACAUGUCAGCGCAUGCGCACUCUCCUGACCUUCUGAAGCAGGAAAGUAAGCAUGGCGGUUCGUGCUUUCUCAAAAGGUCUGUUGGGGAUACGACACUCUCGGGGUGUCCUAACUAAGUAUUCAAGCGCCGGGCAGACGGUUUCCGCUGCAGCAUCGGUCUCAUCGCCCCAGCUACAACCUAACGACGCUGCCGAGAAAAUCCUCAACCUGCCUCUCGAGAAGCCGGACUUCUUUCGUGUGGCGGAGCUUUUCUCGUUGAAGGAUCUAUUUGAUGCCAGGGUGCACCUGGGCCACAAAAAGGGCUGCAGACACAGGCUCAUGGAGCCUUAUCUAUAUGGAUGCCGUUUGGAUCAGGACAUCUUCGAUCUGGACCAGACGGUGGAGCACCUUCAGCUGGCCCUAAACUUCACUGCCCACAUAGCAUAUCGAGGCGGCAUCAUCCUCUUCGUCAGCCGCCGCCGCCAGUUUGGCCACUUGGUGGAGAGCACAGCCAAAGACUGCGGGGAGUAUGCACACACACGGUACUGGCAGGGCGGCCUCCUCACCAACGCUAACAUCCAGUAUGGCCCUGGGGUGCGCCUGCCGGACCUCAUCAUCUUCCUGUCGACCCUCAACAACGUCUUCCAGCAGCACGUCGGUGUCAGAGAUGCGGCCAAAAUGAACAUCCCCACAGUGGGGGUGGUGGACUCGAACUGCAACCCCUGUCUGGUGACGUACCCUGUCCCGGGAAAUGAUGACACUCCGGUCGCCAUGGAGCUGUACUGCCGCUUAUUUAAGAUGACUAUCAACCGCGCCAAAGACAAAAGGAGGCAGAUGGAGCUUCUUUAUGGCCUGAAUGCACCUUCUCCCUCCAACUCAUGAUGCACUUUGAUUUCUCAGUUUGCAACAAAGUAAAAGACUUUUUUUCUUACUGGACAAUAAAUGUGUCUAAAAGUCGUCAUAAUAAACCUCUUAAGUCUAAACACAGUUCUUGUUACAUGUAACAUCAGCUCAAUUCCAGACAAAACAUUUUUUACAGUUGGAUUUCAGCAAAAACUAAACUUGUUCGCUUCUUUGCAGUGCAAUAAAAAGACUAAUUCAUGAUUUUUUCAA